GGGGGAGAGACACACACCUUGGCAUUUUCGAUAUCAGACACUGGUGACACAAAGUGGUAGCACACGCUUUUGAAUUUGCUCCUCAUCAUCCGGAUCUUGUUUCUAUUUCAGGAGACGAUGUUUCAAAGAGAUUCACCAACAUUGUGAGAGAUCCAAGGGCUGUAGUUCACCGCUAUACUCAUAAAUGCUUAUGCAUGUAACUUCGCAUUAAAUUGCCAAUCAAAACAAUCUUCAAUUUUAAAACAAUAUUUUUGUGUUUUUCUAAACAGGACUAAAUUUUCGAACAGUUAGUAUCGUCUGCUGCUUCAAAUAUAAUAAUUUGUACGCAGGCUGAGUUGGCCUUGUGAGGCAAUUUUGUGAUUGAACAAACGUUCUUCUUCUCCAGUAAAGAAAACCUUAUAGUUAAUCCGUAACGUGUGCCAUACUUUUGAAGAUAAAAUCUUUUGAACUGUGGACUUGUAAAUAUUUAUUUCCCGGAAGUUUUCUUCAAAUUAAAUUUGAAAAUUUGCGACUCCAAAUCUUCAUUGCUGUGGUAAUCCUAGUGGUCUGUUAUUUCUACAAAUACACAAAACUGGAACACUAUAAUCAUUAUAAAAAUUUUUCAGAAUCGCGUUUUUGAACAAUUGGAUUUUAUCGCAUUUGUACAGUCCUGGGAAGACAACACAUUGAUUUUCCAAAAUUUGAUUUGCGAUUUAUGUUGCAAAAGAAUUUGAUUUUUCAAGAUUAUCAACAGAAUAUCUUUUUGAAUUAUUUUUGAAUAAUUUAAGUCCAUUAAAUAACAUUUGGAGGAGAAGUGUCUUAUUUCAACUGAAUCCUAAGUAUCGUACCAACUUGACUUCAGAUUCAUAAAUCAUGGCUGGUGCCAGGGUAGGGGCCCGCAUCUUCUUCUUGGUCUCCCUCAUUUUCAUCGCCGUUUCUUUUGCUACUCCAUAUUGGCUCCAGUCGGACGGAUUGCUACCUUAUCAAAGAUUCCAUAAAGUAGGGCUAUGGGAAGUUUGCUACACUACAUACCAAGAAUCUGCCUACUUGCGCUACAAUAAUAACUUUCGCAACUGCAGAUGGAUUUUUGACAAAGAUUACUAUUAUUUAAUAGAUCUGUUCGAAAAAGCAUUUUUCAUCACUGUGCAAGUAUUCUUUACCAUUGGUUUCACUGCAUUAUUAGUGGCUUGUGUUUUGAUCCUAGCUGUGCACUUAUGCAUGAGUCCUGAGCAAGAUGUCGUAUUUGUAAGAGUCAUUGCAACACUAACCUUAGUAGCUGCUGUAUGUUGCACAUUGGCCAUUAUUGUCUUUGGCAUUCAUGGAGAUGGUCGAGACUGGAUGCCUGAUCCAGACCAUAAUUAUUUAUCAUGGUCAUUUGCUCUUGGAGUUGUUGGUUCAUUUUUCACCUACAUCAGCUCAAUCUUAUUUUUCAUUGAAGCCAGUAAAGCGAAGAAAAGGGAAGAUGCAUUGAACCACCAUGUAGCAUAUCAUAUGGAACAAACUCAUACUAAAGUUUAGGAUGUUCAUUAAAAAAAAAAAAAACAUUAUCAUUCCUGUCAACUAUAAUUCAGAUGGUACUUUUUUAUCAUCUAAUGUUUAGCAUCUGUUUAUUUAUGAAAGUUGACAAAGAUGAAAAAUGUCAGAGAUGAAUUUCUAACACAUUCCAGUAUUUUGCACAUAGUUAUAUCUAUUUUUAUAAUGAUUUUUUUACAAAAUAGUUUUCUUGAUGAAUCUCUUGUAUUUUGUUUUAAAGUACAGAAUUUAUACUUUCAGUGUUGUGUAUAUAUUUUGUUAGAUAAAGAGUAUUACAUUUAUUGUUAACGCACUUAGCUGAAAUAUCUCCGUCCAUUUAUAUUAAAUGUAUAAUUAUUUGAAAAGAAAUCUCUGUAUUUGUUUGUUAGAAUGUGUCAAAAAAUAUUUAUCAUUUAUAUUUUCUUUUCUGUAGUGUUUAACUGUUUUAUCUGAAGUAAUGUAAAUUCAGGAAUGUAGUAAUUUUUUUAUAAACAAUCUAAGUUAUAUUAGUGAUUUUAAUAAACAAGAUUUUAGAAAUAUUAAUGGGGAGAACUUAGGUUUUAGUUAUGGUUAAAGUUUUAUAUUGUUUUCAUUUUUUUGUCUGUUUAUAUUUUAUCGUCUUUGCAUAUUGGGAAUCAUAUAGCAAAAGAAUUUUUAUUAUUUUACUAAAUAAAAUAUUUAUUUAAAGCUA